AUGGAUCUGUGGAACAAUAUAAGAAGAAUAAUUCAAUUAUAUGACGAUGAGGAGGACAAUGAGAGUGUCUUAAUAUUUGCUGCUCUUUUAGAAGAGCAGAACUUCUAUCAAAAAAGGCGUUGUAGGGAUUCCAUUUUACAAGGGGAAACAUAUGUUAUGGAGAUUUUAAACGGCCAUAGAGAAAGAUGUUAUGAAAAUUUUAGGAUGUACCCUGAAGUUUUCAGAACAUUGUGUAGUACCCUGAAAGAUAUAGGGCUGAAGGAUUCUAAAUUUUUAACUGUUUAUGAACAAGUGACAAUCUUUUUGCUCACUUUAUCUCAUAAUCAAAGGAAUCGUGUUGUAGCAGAGAGAUUUCAACACUCCACUGAAACCAUUUCUAGACACUUCCAUGCUGUGUUGCAUGCAGUAUGUCAGUUGGGCACCCAUAUCAUUGCCCCUCCUAAUUUUUCUGUGAUUCUGAAUAAGAUUAGAGAGUCUUCUAGGUUUUACCCUUACUACAGGCAUUGUGUGGGAGCUAUAGAUGGAACCCACAUUCCUGCAACUCUGCCAGCAAGUACACAACUUCCAUUUCGUGGUAGAAAGGGUUAUACUACACAAAAUGUAAUGGCUGUAUGUGACUUUGACAUGAGGUUCACAUAUGUGCUAGCUGGGUGGGAAGGCUCAGCUAAUGAUUCGAGAUUCCUAAAUGAGUGUACUGAAAAUGAGGCAAUGAACUUUCCAGCUCCACCAGCAGGUAAGUAUUAUUUGGUGGACUCAGGGUUAUUGAAGAUGAGAUUCGCUAUUUUGAGGGCAAUGCCUCCUUAUAAGUUUUCAACACAAGUAUUGAUUGUAAUGGCUUGUUGCACAUUACAUAAUUUCAUCAAAAAUCAGCAUCAGCCUGAUGACAUAUUUGAUGGUAAUGAUCCACCUCAAAGUGAUGGUAAAGAUGAUGAGAUUGUUGAGCAUGUGCCUUCGGCUCAGCUUCGAGAAAUGGAUCAGUUGCGUAAUACUAUUGCUGAUCAAAUUUGGAAUUCUCUUCAGCACUCUUGA